AUGAAUCCGGAAGCUGAGGAACCAGUCUGCGGGCAGGGUGAUGCUAUCCAGCUGCAGGAGUCGAAUGGUUUGGCAGGAUUCGUUAACGUCUCGUUCGAUGCCGACAGUGUGCCGGAUCAGCUGACGGUGAAGUCGGCCGAGCACGAACGAUCCGAAGCAGCUCCGCAAGGAGGUGGAGGCCAUGGGCUACAGGCAGAUCAUCCUACAUCGUACCUGGAGACGAUCAUGCACAUCUUCAAGGGAAACGUGGGACCGGGCCUGUACGCGAUGGGUGACGCCUUCAGAAACGGUGGACUACUGCUCAGUCCCAUCCUGACCAUCUUCCUCGGCGUGAUUUCGGUGCACAGCGAGCAUAUACUGAUAAACUGCGCCGGAAAGAUGCAACGCCAGCUGAAGCUCGCCGCUAUGCCGGACUUUGCCGAAACGGUUGGACUCUGCUUCGCCCACGGCCACGAGCCAUUGCGCCGUUGGUCCCGGACGCUCCAUGCCGCCGUCAAUUUCUUUAUAUGCGUGACGCAGCUCGGUCUGUGCUGCGUGUACUUUGUAUUUAUCAGCUCUAACAUGAAGCAAAUCUACGACUACUACGGUGUUGUCUUUGAUGUACACUGGCACAUGCUGAUCAUCCUGCUGCCGACGAUGCUGCCUGCGCUUAUCACCAACCUAAAGUAUCUCGCCUGGUGCAUGACGAUCGGCAACAGCUGCAUGGUGCUCGGCAUCGGCAUCACCUACUACUACGCGGUACAGGACCUGCCGCCGCUCGUUGGCUCGCGUCCCCUCGUGGGCAGCUGGCGCACCCUACCGCUCUACUUUGGCACCGCCAUCUUCGCCUUCGAGGGAAUCGCCCUGGUGCUGCCGCUCAAGAACGCCAUGCAACGUCCGCGCGAUUUCUCACGCCCUCUCGGUGUGCUCAACCUGGGCAUGACCGUGGUGACGUUGCUCUUCACCACCACCGGUUUCUUGGGCUACCUCAAGUGGGGCGAUACGGUGCAGGGUAGCCUCACGCUUAACCUCCCCGAGGGUGACCUGCUAGCGCAAGCUGUCAAGGUGAUGAUCUCCACCGGCAUCCUGUUCGGGUACGCGCUGCAGUUCUUCAUCGCCAUCCAGAUCAUGCUUCCGGCCAUCCGGAGGCGGUUCGAUCCUGAACAGCGGCAUCCAGUCCGGCUGGAGCUUCUAUUCCGCGUGGUCAUGGUACUCCUCACCUUUUUAAUUGCGGAAGGUGUCCCCAACCUCGGUGCGUUCAUCUCGCUCAUCGGGGCGCUCUGUUCGACCGCACUGGCACUCAUCUUUCCGCCGGUGAUCGAGCUGACGCUGCUGGCCGCCCCUGGCGGACGGCUGCCGGGGGUCGUGUGGGCCAAGAACGGGCUUAUCCUGCUCAUCGCCAGCAUCGGUGUCGUCACGGGGACGUACGAGAGCAUGCUGGCACUUAUCAAAAGCUUCUAA